UACGCGAGCGGGAAUUUUUGUUGUGUUUUGCAUUUUUUGUAGUUAGUAUUUAAAAUCUAUUUUAUUAAUCCAAGAUAAAAUGCGUUAAUUUUAAUCGAUAAUUAUUAAUCCUUGGUUCACACCCGAUAUUAAAAUGCCCAAAGCUCUAAGUCUUAAAAAGACAAAACAAGGCAACUUACCAAAAAAUCAAAACUGUAUUACUCAGUUUUUUAAAAAUACUUCUAAUGGUUCAAGUCAAGCUAAUGGAAAUCAUGAAGUUUUAUCGCAAAAGGCUCUUCCACAACAGGAGGACAAUAGUAAGAAUUUACCGAAAAAACGAAAAGCUCCAUCACCUGUGCAAAUAGAUCUAUGUGACACAGAAGAUAAAUUAUCUGAUAUACCUGUUCAUUAUGAAAACAAUGAUGAUGAUAAAAUACAUAAAAAGGCUAAGAUCCAGGUAUCUCAUAUACAGAAAACUCCACCAAAGAGGCACACAGGUAAGAUUUCCUCACCUGAGAAGGAAAAUAGUGUUAAAAUACAAAGGUCUUUUAACAUUGAAGAGGCUAAACAACAAUCCAUAGAUUUUGGCAAAAACAAUGUUACAAGACAAGCUGCUAGAAAUGAUAUACUAAAGGAGAGUCCUUUAUCAGAUUUUGAAUGCUCACCGAAAAAGACAUUGUCUCUUGUGAGUUCAAGAGAAAAUACACCUAACUCACCAAUUGUAGAUAGUUCAACAAAUAAUAUAGAAAGAAAAGUUGUUAAAUCAAUUUUUAAGAAUCAUGGAGAAAAUGUAUUUGAUAAAUCCCCAGGAAAAAAUGGUACCCCACCAGAUAAUAAUAUUUGUUGUGGUGCAAAAAAUGAUGCUAAAUUGAAUAUUACACCCAAGAAGAGUCCUAUUACAACAGAACUUCGAAGAUCACCCAGAAUAGCUAAACUGCUUACCCCCGAAAAGAUAUUGAAGGAAGCAUCUCCUAUCAAAAAAGCACUAGACUUUGGUUACCAAGAUGAUUUUGGUAACUUACCAAGUUUAGAUAGUUCAACAAAUAAUAUAGCAAGAAAAGAUGUCAAAUCAAUUUUUAAGAAUCAUGAAGAAACUGUAUUUGAUAAAUCACCAGUAAAAAAUGGUACCCCACCAGCUAAUAAUAUUUGUACCAAAAGGAAUAUUACACCUAAGAAGAGUCCAAUCACAACAGAACUUCGAAGAUCACCCAAAAUAGCCAAACUGCUUACCCCUGAGAAGAUAUUGAAGGAAGCAUCUCCUAUCAAAAAGGCACUAGACUUUGGUCACCAUGAUGAUUUUGGUGAUGAUUUUAUGGAUGAAUGGGACUUAAAUGAAAUUGAAGAGGAAACAGUUGAAGAUCUUGAUUUGACAUCAAUGCAAAGAUGUGAGGUCAUAAGUGUGACCCGACAGCCAACAUCACUGAAACUUUUACUAAAGAAUGACAGAAAUAACAAGGGCACUUGUUACAUUGAAGGAUUCUGGCUAGACACACCAAUAUCGGAGGGCGAGAUCCUAAGCAUCCUAGCUUCCCGUGAUUCUUCUGGAAAGUUCUCUGUAACCAAUACUUCUGGGCUGAUGGUGUUACGGCCAGACCACCUGGUUUCCUCCACGAGUGUCGUCGCCGGCGUGUUUUGUAAGCGCAAGGCAGUGUUGCAGGAACGAUGGAGGGGCAUAGAUUCGGCUAAUAGUGCUAUGACUAUAGGAACACUAAUACAUGAACUGGUACAGAAAGCUCUAACAAAAAAUAUUUAUGAUGUAAAACAGUUGAAUAUUGAAGUAGAUAAAAUUAUAAAGGAAUCUAUCCAGUUACUUUACGAUGCAGGGUUGUCGGAAAAUGAGUGUCGGACUGAUAUGCAGGCAUAUGUUUUACCACUUGCGGAGUUUAUGCAGACUUACUUAGCUAAAAACCCGCAACCAUCAGUAACGCAAAAUAAAAAGGGCAAAUGGAAUGGACAUGUAAACAAAGUUUUGGACAUUGAAGAAAACUUGUGUUGCCCAGAACUUGGCUUGAAGGGGAAAAUUGAUGCCACUCUAGAAGUUGCCAUACAUGAGAGAAAAGGAAAUAAGCUGGAGACAGUGCCAUUAGAGCUGAAAAGUGGUAAGGCGAGCGAGUCGGCAGAGCACAGAGGGCAACUGGUGCUUUAUGGCAUGAUGCUGGCGCUGCAGCGAGGCGACAGCCCGGCGGUGGCGGAGCAGCGAGGAUUACUGCUGUAUUUGAAGAACAGCGUGGAACUCCGCGAGGUGUCGUGUGGGUACCCCGAGCGACGCGAUCUGAUUCUGCUGAGGAAUAAUCUUGUCAAGAACCUCGCAGCCGGGCCGGAGGACGUUGACCCUGAACAGCUUGUGGACAUAGAAGACGCGUCAGUGCUACUUCAGCAGAAGCUCCCAGGUCCUAUACACCGCGAGAGCGUAUGCUCCAAGUGCCCGUAUCUUACGUUAUGUUCUUUACACUUAUGGCACACAGACUGUCGAUCCGUAUCCGAGAGCCACCCGUUAAGCAAACUGCGCGAGUCAGCACUAGGCCACCUCACACCCGAGCACAUCAAAUACUUCUUACACUGGACAGCCCUACUGAAGAUAGAAGAGAGAGGGCAGCUGGCUACCGCGCCCUUGCACGCGCUGUGGACUGACAGUGUGGAGAAGAGGGAAAAACGAGGUACCUGUACAUCCAAUUUGUUUCUGAAGUCUGUACAAGAAUCUGGCGAUAGAUAUCUCCAUGUGUUCCUAAGGAAAAUGGAAAAUUCACAAAGUGUAAAAAGUAUAGAAUCCAAAGGACCCCAAGAAGGUGAAUUUUCCAUAGUGAGCAUAGAAAAAAGACCGUGGAUUGCUGCUGGAGUAAUCUCGCUCUUAAAAGACAACGAAAUCCACAUGCUUCUAGAAAGAGACCUAAGCCGUAGAAUGCCUAAAAGCACUAAAUUCCACAUAGACACAUACGAAUCGUACGCAACUACUGUACAGAAUUUGACCAACUUAGGUGUUUUAAUGGAUGACAGCGAAAGAGCACAAAGGCUAAGGAGUUUGAUAAUAGACAAGGACGUCCCGUUAUACGAGACCAAACAGCCUCGCGAGGUGGGCCGGCUGGGCAGCAAACUAAUGCGCGGCCUCAACAUCGAGCAGCAGCGCGCCGUGCUGCGGGCGCUGGCGGCGCGCCACUACGCGCUGCUGCGGGGCCUGCCGGGCACCGGUAAAACGCAGACGUUGAGCGUGCUGAUACAAAUGGCGGUGGCGCUGAAGAUGCGGGUGCUUGUGACGGCGCACACGCACUCGGCCGUCGACAACUUGCUUGCCAGGCUGCCGAAAACCAUCCGUAUAAUGAGACUGGGCCCCAAGUCACGAGUGGCGGCGAACUUAUCGCACUGCUGCGAGCAGGAACUAGCCGUCAAGUGUGAGACGCCCGAAGACCUUGAGAAACUCUACGACUCUAUGGAGGUAGUUGGAGUGACGUGCUUAGGAGCAUCUCACACCAUGCUGUCGCGAACGACCUUCGAUAUGUGCAUUGUUGAUGAAGCGACUCAGGUCCUCCAAAGUACAGUUCUGAGGCCCUUGUUUGCUGCGAAGCGUUUCGUUCUGGUGGGAGACCCGGACCAACUGCCCCCAGUCGUACGGAGCAGAGCUGCCAGGCGACUGGGCAUGGAAGAGAGUUUAUUCCACCGUCUCAUGAGCGAUGCAGCCACGUCGACUUUGGCAUUACAGUACCGCAUGAACGCGCCGCUGGCCGCGCUCGCCAACACCGUCGCUUAUGGCGGCAAGCUGCUCUGNUGCACUCUGCUCUGCGCCAACGACGCGGUCGCUCGAGCCCGCCUGGACGUCGACUUGCAGAAAAUAUCCGAGGUAGCCACUUAUCCCUGGCUAUCGCAAGCUUGCAGUCCAGAGGCGGAUGACGCGGCUGUCUUCUUAGACAUACAAGUCAACGCGCCCACGCAUUCAAGGAGCUGCGCGAAUGGCGACGAGGCGAGCGUGGUGCUGGCUUUGGUCAAUGCACUUGUCAAGGGCGGCGUGAAACCGACUAACAUCGGCGUAAUAGCACCGUACAGAGACCAAGUGUCCCUUCUCCGGCGAACUGUGGGACCUCUCGGCGUGGAAGCCAGCACUGUGGACCAGUUCCAAGGACGGGACAAGGACGUCAUCGUGUACUCGUGCACGAGGCAAUACCAGCCGGACGGCGAUAGGGAGGUUAAGGAAGGCGAGGUCCUGAACGACAAGCGGCGCCUAGCCGUGAGCGUGACGCGCGCGCGACACAAGUUCAUCGUCGUGGGCGACUCCCGCGCACUUCGCCGCUACGAGUCUCUACACCGCAUGCUUCAAGCCUGUAAACCUGUGUGCAUACCACCCGCUGACCUGAGACAAGUCGUAGAUCGAUACAGGACGGUGUGAGAAAAGAAAGGCGAGGUCAAAUGACAAGCGGCGCUUAGCCGUGAGCGUGACGCGCGCGACACAAGUUCAUCGUCGUGGGUGACUCCCGCGCGCUUCGCCGCUACGAAUCUCUACACCACAUGCUCCAGGCCUGCAAGCCCAUGUCCAUACCGCCCGCUGACCUCAAGCUUGUCAUAGAUCAAUACAGGGUGGUUUCGUGAGGUUAAGAAGAUGAGGUCUAAUGACAAGCGGCGCGUAGCCGUGGGCGGGACAAGCUAAGAUCAUGGGCGAGUCUAUCAACGUCAAUAAGACUGAAACUGGUUGUAUUCGAAUUUAAACUCGCUUGAACCUAUCCUCGAGUAUCCUGAAAUAUUAAGAACUUUCAAUUAUGUAUCUCCUACACGUUGUCAAUUAUAUUAUUAUGUAGUUCAUUUUUUAAUAUUUUGUUGAUCAUGAUUUUGGAGUAGACUAUGUUUAUUUAAUUUUUAAUAAUAGCAUAAUGUAUAUUUUAUGUAAGUAGCUAUAAUCAUUUCAAGUACAAUUUACACGUGCCUUAUACAUAUACAUGUGUUUUAGUAUGAAGUGUAUGUAUAUUUGCUAAGUAUGUGUUCUUGAGUCAAUUGAUAUGCUCUUAAGUUUCAGACUGUUAUUGUAAAUGAAAUGUAUGGUAUGGAAAAGUAAAUUGUAUCAAUAAGUAGGUGUUU